AGUUUCUUUAAUGAAAACCCCAGCAAGGGUUUCUGGUGUGGAAUGUCUUAUCCCCGAGCUCUCGGUAACCCACUGGCAAUUUUAGAAAAGCAAUCCGUCUCUUCAGGCAUUUCUGGUGCUGCAGAGGUAACACAUUUUGUUCGGAUCAGCUGUGGAGUUGAGGAAGUCAUCCUUAAGUUUUCUGUUUAAUUUUUUUGUGUGUGUGUGCCUUUGGAAAGAAUCUUUGCCCUUCUCAUCCUGGCUGGUUCCAGUCCAGAAUGGCUCUGUGCCUUAAGCAGGUUUUUAACAAAGACAAAACCUUUCGUCCCCGGAAGAAAUUUGAGCCAGGCACCCAGCGGUUUGAGCUGUACAAGAAAGCCCAGGCCUCACUCAAGUCAGGGCUAGACCUAAAGGCUGUAGUCCAGUUGCCUCCAGGGGAGAACAUUAACGACUGGAUAGCAGUGCACCUUGUGGACUUCUUCAACAGGAUAAAUCUCAUCUAUGGGACCAUGUCUGAGUUCUGUACUGAGAAGAGCUGCCCCAUCAUGUCAGGAGGGCUCAAGUAUGAGUACCGGUGGCAGGAUGACUACCGAUUUAAGAGGCCGACCAAGCUGUCAGCGCCCCAGUACAUGUGCAUGCUGAUGGACUGGAUUGAGACACUCAUUAACAAUGAGGAGAUCUUUCCUACGAGGAUAGGUGUUCCUUUCCCCAAGAACUUCCAGCAGGUCUGCACAAAGAUCCUGACCCGCCUCUUCAGGGUCUUUGUCCAUGUCUAUAUCCAUCAUUUUGACAGCAUCAUCUGCAUGGGUGCCGAAGCUCAUGUCAACACCUGCUACAAGCACUUUUACUACUUCAUCAGCGAGUUUAGUUUGGUUGACCAAAGGGAAUUAGAGCCUCUGAAGGAAAUGACGGAAAGGAUUUGCCAUUGAAGGCUUUUGGUCAGCAUUGCAGAAUUGUCAUUUACAUGGACAAACUUUUCUGAUGAAGGACUACAUGAUGUUCCAAUGGACUACUGCCAGGAAUGUGAGGAACUUCCUGUUCUAGGGGCUAAAUCUCAAAAUUAUUGAUACAUUUUGAAAUAGUUUGUAUGGUCUCCAUGAGCUUUAUUUUCCUGUCUCUCACCCCACCCCACCCCAGUGGCUGUAGGUAUAUAUACCCUUCUGUUUUCAUUUCAUCCUCCUGAGGCCUACCUCAGGCCAAUUGCCUCGUAUAUGAAAGAUGGACGGAAGAGGAAAUAACCUGAGAAUUUCUCCACAGAGGCCAGAAGAUAAAUGAUGAAAGUAAUCCUAACAGAAGGAUACCAUCACCCCUUUAGUCUGUCAAAGAACAAAAGAUCCACCAGUAACACUGCCUUAUACUGCAUGGGGGGAAAUGGUUGAUCGUCCCUGCACAGCUUCAGAAGAGUUGAAAGACAGCAGAAAGUGGCUUCAUCGGGAGAGAC